CCUCUUGGGUAGAAGCAGAAAGACACAUCCUUGAGCAGGGUCAUCCCCGGUUCUGGUGGGUGGGAGGAUAAGCCACUCACAUGGCCUCUUCUCUCUCCCCCAGGGCUGCCAGGAAGUCACACAGGGACUCCUACCUCUCUCUUGAACUUUGAGAUCCAGACACAGAAGUCUUCCAUGGCUCCUUAUCAAAUCCACAAAUACCAGGAAAAUUAUUGCAAAUGGGUCGUGGGCUUGUUCUCCAAGGUGAUGACCGAGCACCUUCCCACCACCUUCCACCACAUCCUAAAGCUGCCCUGAACCCUUGUGCGCUUGCUUGCGGGGCCCCUUGCCCUAUUCCUGGUCUCUGGCUCCUGGGUCCUGGCCUUCGUGGCCACCCCCCUCCUUGCUGCCCUGAGGUUUCUUGCCAAAUACCCCUGGAUCCAGUUUGAGAUCAUGUCUUUGCACACAGACAUGUCUGACAUCACCAAAUCCUACUUCAGUGAUGGCUCCUGCUUCUGGGUGGUUGAGUCUGAGGGGCAGGUGAUGGGUAUGGUGGGAGCGCUGCCUGUUAAGAAGCCCGCCCUGUGGAACGAGCAGUUGCAGCUGCUUCACCUACGUGUGGCCUUGGAGCACCGUGGUCAGGGGAUAAGUAAAGCCCUGGUCAGGACUGUCGAGUCUGCGUGGGACCAGGGCUACAGCGAAGUGGUCCUCAGCACCAGCACACUGCAGUACUCUGCCCUGGCCCUUUAAAAGCGCCUCGGCUUCUGGAAGAUGGGCUAGUUUUUCUUCUCCACAAGCUAUAGGCUAGUUGCUGUCCCUGCAAUUCAAUUUAUCUACCGUCUCCCCUCUGCUCAGGUCUCUCAGGCACUGGAGCAAGGAGGGGGCCUAUGAUCCGUUUCGUUGUGGAUUAGUUAGGAGGGAUCGGCUCUGCUGCAGUAAUAAGCAAACCCUGAAGUCUCACUGUGACAGCACAGUAAAAGCUUACUGCUUGUUCACAUUGGAACCCAAUGGCCUGGGUGGUGGGGGGGCUCUGCUCCAUUCAGUUUUGGGGGUUGCUACUGUUUCAUUUAUCUAGUGCCACGAGAAUGUUGCAUAAAAAACCACCACAAAAUAAUGAUAAACAUUUUUUUAGCUCAUGAGUCUGUGGGUCGGCAGCUUGGGCUGAGCUCGGCUGGGCCGCCCCUUAGAUCUCCAGGUGUCAUGCUCUGCCUCUUCAGUGAGAGGAAAUGCAAAGUCAUGUGGAAAGGGCGUGGAGAAGGAGUGUGAGAAGAAUCCACGUGAGAAGGAUCAGGGCCAAUGAUGCCAUCAAUCUGCUAUGGCCCCCAAGGUCUCUCCUGAAGGGGAAGAAGGCAGCCAGGGACAGAGUGUGGGAUUUGACAUGGACUAGACCUAGAAGUGGCACAACCCACAUCCCACUGGCCAGGGCCAGGUCAUGAUUUAAAUCAAGCUUCUGUUGCCUCUUGAGUUGUGUCUACUAAAGGCUAAUGGCUCCAAAGGAAGCUGGAAUGAGGCUAGGAGGUAGCUCUGGACCCAAGGCACCUGUGUCUGCUGAGAGUCUCUGGGCCCACCUGAUGGUUACCCUAACCAGACACUGUCUGACACCAAGUCAACAAAAGGGCUCUCACCGUGUUAUGCUGCAUUUCUUUUCCUUGAUUGGUGCUUUUAGAUGGAAGUUCCCCACACACCUCAGGGAGACACUGCAUAGCUCCCUGCACCUCUACAGAUGGGAAAUAAAU